GCCGCUGCAGCCGGAGCAUCGGAGAGCCACCGCCGCCGCCACCACUGCCACCACCACCACCACCGCCACUAGAGCUGCUUCCACUGCUGCCACCUCCCUGCCCAGAACCCCAAGACACCCCGAGCGCGUGCGGCGGCUGCUGCUUGCAUGUUCCACCUUUUCCUCUGCCCCUCCCUUCCGUGACCUACCCACUCCUUGGAGCCCUCGUCUGCACCUUUCCCGACACCCCAGCAUCCCUGCACCACCUGCUCCGGCAGCCUCAUCAGGCGUUGGGACUUGCUGUGUGCGCCGAGGGGAAGGCUAGCCCGACCCGUGCCUGGCAGACGGGCUGUCGCGGCUGCACCACCGGGAGGAGAAGAAACUAUUUCGCCCACCGAAAACCCAUUCUGCGGGUGCUUCGCCGCUGCCGCUUCUGCUGCCGCCGAUCUCCGUUCGUGUCCGCGAGUUCAAACACCGCAGCAGCGGGGACCGUGGGUCCGGCGGGCGCCGCGAGGAGGACACCGGCGGAGCCCUACACUCUGGUGCCCCGCUCACCAGCAGAUCCGUGCCUCCUGGUUCCUCCCCCCAACCAUUUAGAGAAGGGACCAUGAUUUGGAAGCGCAGCGCCGUUCUCCGCUUCUACAGUGUCUGCGGGCUCCUGCUACAAGCGGCUGCUUCAAAAAAUAAAGUUAAAGGCAGCCAAGGGCAGUUUCCACUCACACAGAAUGUAACCGUUGUUGAAGGAGGAACUGCAAUUUUGACCUGCAGGGUUGAUCAAAAUGAUAACACCUCCCUCCAGUGGUCAAAUCCAGCUCAACAGACUCUCUACUUUGAUGACAAGAAAGCUUUAAGAGACAAUAGGAUCGAGCUGGUUCGGGCUUCUUGGCAUGAACUGAGUAUCAGUGUCAGCGAUGUGUCUCUCUCUGAUGAAGGACAGUAUACCUGUUCAUUAUUUACGAUGCCUGUCAAAACUUCCAAGGCCUAUCUCACUGUUCUCGGUGUUCCUGAAAAGCCUCAGAUUAGUGGAUUUUCAUCACCAGUUAUGGAGGGAGACUUGAUGCAGCUGACUUGUAAAACAUCUGGUAGUAAACCUGCAGCUGAUAUAAGAUGGUUCAAAAAUGACAAAGAGAUUAAAGAUGUAAAAUAUUUAAAAGAGGAGGAUGCAAAUCGCAAGACUUUCACUGUCAGCAGCACUCUGGACUUUCGAGUGGACAGGAGCGAUGAUGGAGUGGCAGUAAUCUGCAGAGUCGACCAUGAAUCCCUCAAUGCUACUCCUCAAGUGGCCAUGCAGGUGCUAGAAAUACACUAUACACCAUCAGUUAAGAUUAUACCAUCCACUCCCUUUCCACAAGAAGGACAGCCUUUAAUUCUGACUUGUGAAUCCAAGGGAAAACCACUGCCAGAACCUGUUUUGUGGACAAAGGAUGGUGGAGAAUUACCAGAUCCUGAUCGAAUGGUUGUGAGUGGUAGGGAGCUAAACAUUCUUUUCCUGAACAAAACGGAUAAUGGUACAUAUCGAUGUGAAGCCACAAACACCAUUGGCCAAAGCAGUGCAGAGUAUGUUCUCAUUGUACACGAUCCCAAUGCUCUGGCUGGCCAGACUGGCCCUGAUCAUGCUCUUAUAGGAGGAAUAGUGGCUGUAGUUGUGUUUGUCACAUUGUGUUCUAUAUUUCUGCUUGGUCGAUAUCUGGCAAGACAUAAAGGAACAUAUUUAACAAAUGAAGCUAAAGGAGCUGAAGAUGCACCAGAUGCUGACACAGCCAUUAUCAAUGCUGAAGGCAGCCAAGUCAAUGCUGAGGAGAAAAAAGAGUAUUUCAUUUAAAAUGAGGCCGAGAUUCUGAGUUUUACUUACCAGGCUGGCUGCUGGAGAAAACUGGCUCUCAUCUUUCAGAAUUCAUUUCUACCAUCUUCUGCUACCUUUAUUAACUUCCAUAGCAUACUGCUGUCAGUAGCCAGGGUGUACCAGCAAUCAGCUGCCGAAGGCAUCAUUCUUUAAUCACUGUACCAUCCAUAAUGCAGGACAUUUCUUACUGCCUAAAUUCCACACCAUUGCUCUUUUAACAUACAGUGCUUGAAUAUACAGCCUUAACAAUGUUAAUAAUCUCCUUGGAUCAUGAUAUUGAAUUGUUUUUAUACAUUGAAAAAAGUGUAUGCAGAGUUUUUCUUGUUUGUUUCCCCUCAUUUUCACCCCCUUUAAAUCAUGGACUUAGUUUGCCAUUGGACAGCUUCACAAAAAACAGAAUUAGGUAAAGAGCUAAUGUGCUUAAGUUUAAUCAGACAUUAAAAGUUUACAGACAAUGUUUUCUACAUGUCUCUCUUCAAAGGCAUGUUUGGAGACAUAUGCCCUAGAAAACACAAACUGAAAACACUGUAGUAUAGAUUCUGGAUUGUUUGCAAUAUACUGGUAAGGCUGUAUCAACUUGCUAUUUAAAACUAUAGUAUUUGAUACAGGAGCCAUGUGUAUGAAAUGUAAUCCAUGGUAUCUUAUGUAAUUGUAUAGAUCCCACCAUUAGAUUAUUUUAGCUUCAUUUACUAAUAAAUUGUUACAAACAUUUUACUGCUUGGGGAUCACCAAGAUUUCAUUCAUUUUUCUAAUUUCAUUCUGUAAUUUAUUUGCUCCACAAGGACUUACCUUCCUAAACAAAAUUGAAGUAUCCAUAGGGCACAAUUUUGAGACAUUUUAGUAUCUGUAUAUAGUGCAUAUAACAAAUCCAAUUAAACAUUAUUUGAUACAUAUUCAACUUUUGGGGCUGUAGGUAGUUCAAUCAUAAGUGAGCAUUUUUCUAAUGUCCAUUAUAUCCCUUUAGAUAUUGCUUAAACAAAUAUUAUAAGUAGAUAACAUGUAUUAGUACUUUGUCUGUAUGUCCUAGCACUGUUCAACAACAAAUUUUUCUAGUUCUUGUUAAUUUUUAUUUCUUAUACAAUGGAAGCACAAUGUUAUAAGGAAAGGUAAUUUUAAGCUAACAACCAGUGCACAGCCUCAGGUUUAAAUUACAACCACAAUAGAAUAAUAACCUAAAAAUAAACUCUUAGUUUGCUAAAAAGUUUGCAAGUUUUAAUUUGGCAGUUCCAUAGCUGCUUACCUAUGUUGGUUUGCCAAAAACAAGUGUUUAAGAUAUGUUUUCUGUAUAGAUGAACUAAUUCUUUAUAUUAAAUUCCUGUCUAUGCAUUUUGUGAGGUACAAGCUUAUGAAACAGUGAGUGAUAGAGAAUUUCUGCCAUGCUUUUACCUCCAAGGUAAAAGUCUCUUCCUCUGGAUUAUUUCUGAAAUUUUGGUGUAUUUAACCAUUAAGAAAUGCUAUAUCCUUAAAUAUGACACAGAGUUCAUCUAAAGUCAUAUUAUUUCUUCUAGUAAAAUACAAUAUUGUUAGAUUAGUUCCCAUUGAAUUUAUUAUAUGCUAAAAAUUAAAAAUCCAGUUAGAUGAAAAUUAUUUUCUCAUUCACAAGCAUUGCACCUUUAAGAAGAAAACAAGUACGACAAUAUGGUAGCUCUACUUGUGAUGUCAAAGCAUGAUGGCCUAUGGUUUUUGAAAGACAAUAUCUUGGAAUUUGCUUUGGGGAAUUGAGAAUGUUUGAGUAUGACAUCAUGUGUUAAUAUCAAAUGAAAGACAAGGGUGCUGUAUCUCAGAUUAUUUAUCAGAAAAGUACAAAUCUUUUAAAUACAAUGUUAGAAUUCUAAAUUGUUUUCUUUUUAUUGUUGAAGCAUUUAUCUUGUUAUUUCUUACAAAAAAGAAAAAGGAUGAUGUCAGUCAAGCAGCACUUUUUCAGAAUAUACAAAACAUACAUAAAUAAUAUGAUGUGGUUGAGUGUUAACAUAAUAAAUCAUAUACAGUAUGGCAUUUUAAGGAAAUAAGUCUGCAUUGAUGUGAUUGCAUGCUUGUUUUUACAGUUCAAUUCAUACCAUCUGUGGAAAAAUGCAAUAAUAUGUUAAUAUAGUAUGGUAGUUUGAGAGAAUUGGGUAGGUGCUACUAGACACAUUGAAACUAGAAUAGGUUUAUAAACUGUUCAUAUCUUUCAAUGCAUAAUCUUUAGAAAGACUCCACAAAGCAAAAUUCAUCCUGUUAGUACAAAUUGAAAGUUUCUUAUUACAAAAGUUGUACAAACCCCAUCAUCAAUUACUAUUUAAAGCCUAAUUUCAGGAUGCACUUACAAAAUUGCUCCUAUUCAUUAAUGUUGUAUUUACAUCUUUCUUCAUUUUGUCUAUAUUCUACUUGGCUCCUGAUGCUUAACUACUGCCUAAAUAAAUCAUUCAUUAUUUCCAACACUGUAAAAUUAAAAAUCCAAAAUUGGUUGCCUUUCAAGAUUUUUUGAUUCUUUGACUUUUCAGAGUAAUAUAAAAACUCUUUAGAACUCUUUAAAACAAACUAACUGGUAUAUUGUGAUCUGUAAGCUCUAACUGAUUAUUUCACCAGUUAAAAUAGAUUAGGUAUCAUUUUAGUUACUGAAAAAAUGGCAAUUGAAUUAUGGUUUCCUAUUUUUUUAAAUUAUUUGAUUUCCAACAAUCAAAAAAUAAAAUAUAAAAAUCUUUGCUUAUUUCUAUAAAUUUCAGAAUAAAAUGAAAUACCAUUUUUAAAAGAACCCCAUCAAAUUCAAUGUCCAAACCAUGCACACUUUUAUGCAUAGAGAACCAAAUUCUGUCUCUGCUUAGUGAACACAGAAGCUACAGAACUCAGUGGAAGGAGUGUGCAUAUACACACAGACUCGCAACCAGCCCUAGUAGAAUAUGGAACAUCAUUUUUUACCAAAAGUAGCUAUUCUCUGCCAGUGUACUGUUUACAGUGUAAACUGAUUGUCCUUCAUCAAAAAAAAAAUAUAAGCAACAUUUUUUCUUGUUUUUUUUUCCUGCUUUUCAGUGUCCUAGAUAGAAAAAUUAUCAAAAUUAGGAAGAAAAAGGAAAGUUUGUGAGUGGAAGAGCGAAGGCAGAGAGCGUGAGCAGAGUUUUGAGGUGUGUGUGGGGGCGAGUGAGAGAGAAUGAGAGAGAGAGAGAGAGACUGAUUGAUUUUGACUUGUUUUCUCUUACUAGAGAAUUGAAGAGGCAGUUUAAGGAACCUGAUAUUGGAGUUUAAUCUAAAAACUGGGUAAUAUCAUAUUGAUUCAAGAUGGUCAAUCUUGCAACGAAAGCCCACAACUAAAGUAAAACAAACAAACAAAAAAAAAAAACAGAGAAAGAAAACUAACUUUCCUAAAUAUAGCAAAGAAGCUAACACCUCAUUUAUUUUUAAUUUUAUGUAAAAAUAUAUAAAUAUCUCGAUUAAAAGGACAGGUUCACUUGUAAUUAUGUACUCACGAUUGUAAUAGCAUUGAGAUUCCAUAUAGGCACAUGUACAGCAGUUAUUCGACAGUGAUGGUUCUUCCAUGUAAUAUAGCAGUUAUUGUAUAAUAUAGUGCCACUUAUAGCAAAGUGUUACAAGGGGAACAUUUAAAAUACUUUUCCUUUACUUUGGACUUAAAAGGUAAUUUAAUGUACACUAAAGAUGAAACUUCAUAUUAGGUUUUUAAUUGUGGAGAAAAUGUAAAACCUCUAUCUUACGACAACUUCCUUGUCAUAAUGUUAAUUACUCAGAGCCCUCUAAAAAUGCCCAGUAUUACCCCCUUUUGCAAAUGUAACCUGUGAUAAAUAUAUAAAAACAAACAAAAACAAUUGGCAAUGACAGCUGAAAUAAAUGAAACACCUAGUGACAAUUACUGAGUAAUGCUUUUUAUUAAGUGGCACAAAGUACACACUAAAAACUAUGCAAAAUAUAGGUAACUACAGUGUACGUACAUGUAAGUAUCUUGUACUUGCUGUUUAUGGAUGUUUAAAACCCAUGUAAUUAUAAUAUGCAUUUUGAAUAUUGGGAAAGAGGAAAUCUUAGUGUAGAUAAUAGGAUUUGUUUUGAAAUAUACACUGGCAAUAUUGAAAUAUAUAUACUCAGUGCAAUACCUGCAAUUCUAUUGCUGGAUACUUUAUACAAAGGGAUUUUAAAGAAUUCUUCAACAAGAUCCAAGGGGUUGCUAACCUUCACCUCCCACAUUCUAAAUCAUUGCUUUAAAGAAAACUGACUCAGCUAAAUGAUGCUUUUCUUUCAUAAUCAUUAACAUUACAAAAUAAAAUUAUUUGGCUUAGUUUUUAGCCUUACUAGAGAAAAAUAAAGUUUUAUUUACAUAUAAUUUAAUUUAUAAUUAUUAAACAUUCUUUGAAAUGCAUGUAUGUUUUAAUGAAUUUGGGGACUUCUGUUAUAAAUACAAAUUUAUUCAAUCAAAUCAUAGGUUACCUUUCAUAGGUAAUGUCACUAUACUUUAGUGGACAUUUUUUGUAUCUUUUCUUUCUCUAUUCAUUUUUUCCCCUUCCCUAUGCUACCCCAAACAUACCCUUUGCACCUAUACCCUUCCAAAGGCAAUGGAUUGAAAGUAGCAAGAUUAUAAACAGAGCUAAAAGGGAUACCAUAUAAGAAUGGGUUCUAAACUGAUAAGCAUUUUUAUGUGUUGAGAUUAUUAAUAUUGAAUGCAAUAGUUAUUGGAUAUAGUUGGUAAGUUCUCUGCCAUGCAUACUUACAAUAAUCCUACCUCUCACUUUUAACAUGGGCUAUGAUACUUCAAUAUAAAUAGAAGAAAUAAUUAUUUACAAGGUAUCCCAGGAAGCACUCAUUAGAGGCUAACAUAACAGUCUGCUCCCCACACCCUGGGGAUUCUCAAAAGCCAACUUGUUUUAGUGUAUUCAACAGUAUAUGAGUCUGCCUUUGUUUUUCCUUUUCUAUCAUCAACUUUUCCUGUAGGCAAAAUAUUAUACCUUUAUAAGAAUGGCUCUUCUCAUGCUUAUUUAAUAUUGCAAUGUAUUGUAAUUUUGUUGAUUUUUUAAAAAUAAUUUAAAUGGCAACAAUUUGUAGUCCAAUCUAUUUAUUUAAUAUUUAAAAUACAAUUCCUUAUGAAUUAAUGCUAUGCUUUUAAGUGAAAAUUAUAAAUGUAGUUUAUUUUGCCAAGCAGUGUUAUCUAGGUAAGACAAAAAUAUAAGUAUUUAAGACUGGCUCCUUAUUAACAAAUAAUAUCUAAAUAAUGAAUGCAAAAUAUUGCCACAAAUGGCCACUUUAUUUUGUCUGUAUAGACACAUCAAUUUUUCAAAUGAUGUAAUUUAAUUAUUCUAAAAGGAAAUUACAUUUCAAAAGCAGAUUUUCCUCUAAGAAAAAGGUACAAGAACAAACUCAAAUUAUGACAUUGAAUCUAUAGUAUAUGCUUGAAGUUAAAGAUGUUUCUGUGUUAUGUGGUUAUGUUAUAAAUAUAUUUCAUCUAAUCUUUAUAAUCUCUUCCAUAUAUGUGUGUGUGUAUGUAUAUACAUAUAUAUACAUAUAUAUGUAUAUGCUAAUGACAAGAAAUGUAUGGUUAUUUUGGAGAGAAUGGGCCCCAUGUGAAAAAGAUGUAAAAAAAUAAACCCACUAUUUCCCCCUAUGAAAUAUGCUGUACAUUUCAAAAGAAGAAAAAUGAAAAGAUAUUUGAAGAUUGCAGGGGCAAAAGAAAAACCUACCAGGGCUCAGCACUUAAGCACUUUCCCACAUCCAGGGUCAGGACAGCAGUGAUUCCCACAUGGACUUUUAAGUGCGGUAUGAAAUGCCACAUUACACUUCUCUUACACACAGUACUGUCAAACCUCAGAUACUUUCUUUCUUCAGAUGCUUUUCCUUGUACAUGAUACUAGUAGCCACUCUUCUCUUUAUAUUUGUUGAUAGUGAAAGUUAUAUGCAAUAAAAUAUUUGAUGAUUGAAAGCAGUAGUCACCAGCUGGUUAGAAAAAAAAAAA